UGGAGGACUAGCGCGACCGUCGCCGCCGUCCCCGGCGUCCACGUCGCCUCCCCCGCACCGCCAGAACCAGUCGAAGUCCCUCUUGUUUUGGUAAGCUGCCCUUCGCUCUCUCUUCUCCACUCACAUCGCUCACCGCCAUGUCGCUAACACAGCAAACGGCAUGGACCAGCCACCUCCUACUGUCGUCAACCAACCGACGACGUUCACGCUCCCCCUCUCGCCGUCGACACCUCAGCAGCAAAAGUACCAGCCGCCCCAGGGUCCCAUUCCCCGACCCUUCGGGACACCUCUGAACGGCGCCAUCGCGCUCCAGCAUGAAGACCCGCGCACACGCCUCGAAGACGCGCUGAAGCGGUCCGUCACUGUCGUCUUCUGGUACAAGCCCGACAGCCCGCCGAUUCGGCUGCACGGCGAAGUCGCGACGUUCCCGCUUUUCCAGCUCUCACAGUUCGCGCAUCUCGCCGCCGAUCUGGGGCUCGCGCCCGCGGCGUAUGUAGACGCAUACAACCCGUACGCACGCGCUUGGGAGCAACAGACGAUCAGCGCCGUCCGCGCGGUAGAGAGCGAGCAGCGGCUGCUGUUCCGUGUGCGCAAGAGCCUGCUGGAGGGUCUUGAGGACAGUGAAUGCCCUAGCCUCGGUGAGGAAAUCUGUCUGCAGCCUCCACCUCCCGUCGUCGCUUCCAAGAAGCGUUCCUCGCCGGACAGUCCUCUGCUCAUGGCGCCGUCAGUGAAGUACGCAAGAGUAGAACCCUCCCCGCCCCGUCCCAUGUCGCCUGGCGCGAGCACGUACCAGGCCCCUGUUCCCCUCAGCAUGCCCUCCCCUUUCGUCGCCGUCGACCCGUGUCCCUCCAAACAAUCCCCCGACUUCGAGAGCACGCCCACCCAGCUCACAUUCCAAACGCUCCCGCUCGUGAAGCGCUGGCCGAACGACUACACCGUGUUCGAGCUCUCCGCCGGCUUUCGGCAGAUGGACGUGCUCGUCGCGCAGCAGCCGUCGCUCACGCAACGUACCGCGUUCGAGCGCGUGUUCCACUGCCGGUACGUCAAGUCGACCGUGUGUCGGCAUCGCGGGGUGUGGCGGCGCGCGCCGAAGGAGCUCCGCGAGACGUUCGAGCGCAUGGGCCAGGACGAGCGCGGGCUCUGGAGCGAGUUCCUCAAGCGCAUCGAGGGCGGGACCGGGCGGACGGACACGGUGGGGAGGAAGAAGCAGCUGGCGGCGAUGGCGGAAGUGGGGACGGACGGCGACGAGCAGGUCAUGCUGACGUCGCAGUCUGAUGCUGUGGCAGAUGAUGACAGCGGGCCUGUGAUGGACUCGUAUGGCGAAGAUGACGAAUCUCAGCGGAUCGACUUGGGUGCACCGUCGGGACUCGGCAUACAUGCGGGAGGCUGCGGCGGGGAUGCGAAUCAUAGCGGUUUACCCGGGGACGUAUCUUAGUCUGCGUGUAAGUACAAUACCAUCGCCUGUCUUAUCUGCGUA